AUGGACUCUGCUGUGACCUCGAGUCAGCCGGCCAGCUUGUGGACCAGCAGAAGAAGAACAGCACGAGCCACCGCCUUCUGCAAACAGGCGGCAGACAGAAAGUUGUUUCCGGUUUCUCUGAGCUCGAACUUCCUGCGGAACAAGAAUGACCUCUUCAACCAGUGGAUGGACUGUGGAAAGGAUUGGACGAAGCUCGAGUUGGUGGUGACACGAAAGGCCGAGCAGCUCAACAACAGCAAGCGGCAGCUUCGUGCCGUGCAGGGCCGCGAGCAGAAGGCCAAGAAGCUCGUGGACGACAUGGAAACGUGGCUUUAUAUGGCCGAUGGCCACAAGCACUUUUCGGAGCACCGCACAGGAGACCGCGGCGCCUCGAUCCUGAAUUAUCUCACCGAUCUCUGCCUCUUCAUGGCAGCAAUGAGCAUCAUGCUCGAGGGUGAGAAGCUCUUUACCGCCGCCAGAACCAGCAUCCUGAACAAGUGCCUCAGGAAUGAGUACCUAGCAGAGUUGCUGGCGGAGAUGAUGGCUCCUCGCAACCGAUUGAAGGCCUUCCCCACGGCCACAUUCUCCCAGAACUUCUUGGCCACACCACACCCAGGCGUCCGCACGACGCAAAAGGGAAUCCCGGCUACACCAUCCUGGUCACCUCCUCAAGCGCCCCCCAGCGACAUUGUGGGGGAGAUGCGUGAGGCGGUGCAAACCACAGACUGGUAUCAGCUCUACAAAGAGGGCAAGACCAAGUUUUGGAUGGGGGGCGGCUGGUCGGCCGGACCCGAGCGCUGCGGACUGCUGCAAACUCUUUGCGCCCUCUCCGGCGCUAGGCGAGUCCUAGAAAUUGGACAGUGCUGCGGCGUUGCCACGCUCGCCAUGGCCGAGGCCAUGCCCCAAGACGCCAAGGUAGUCACUCUCGAGAUUGACUCCUACUUGGCGGACUUCGGGAAACAGUACUGGGCGCGCAGCUCGCACGGGCAGAAGAUUCGAUCCGUAGUCGGCCCUGCCCUAGACUACCUGAAGUCCGGCAGUGCCAAGCAGGAUGGCCCCUUUGAUUUGGCCGUCAUCGACGCGGAUAAGGAUAGCAUCUGGAGCUACUACUGCACGCUUCGGGACGAGGGCCUACUUUCCUCGAAAGCAGCCAUCGUGGUGGACACCACCCCCUACAAGGGACAGCCACCGGACCGCUACGUGCGAUUCGGCGCGGAGGAGCGAUGGCAGUCCAACAGUGGCAAGGAAGCGAUUGAAGACGCACUCAAUAGAUUUCAAAAGGAGGGCGCCGUCACCAUGGCAUCUUUCGCCGGGGUCACCGUGCUGUACCCGCGCCAGAACGGGGGCAACGGCGCAGCCUGA